AUGGGGCUGAAAGCUUCGCCAAAGCUUUUCCUGGCUGUACUGCUGAUCACGGGCUUCGUGAUUCUAUGGAAGGCACUCGCCGUGCAAACACCACCGUGGCCUCCAUCAUCGGGUCUUUAUGACAAAAUAUCAGAUGGAGUGGGAAGCCUCUACUCGGGAGGCAGUUCCAAGACUCACAGCAUUUCUGCCGGUGGCGCUGAUACACAUGCUCCCGGCUCAAUCGUCAUGGUGACUGGCAGCACAGGGAAUAAUCGAAUGCUGGGCAUGCCACGCAUCAAAGAAAUGGUAUAUGAGAAUCGGAUGACAUACGCCCUGAAGCACGGAUUAGAGUUCAUGUGGGCGAACAUGACCAGCUACAAUCUUCCCGACGGGGCACCCAUCUAUUGGAAUAAAAUUCCAAUCCUGCGAGAUGCAUUCGACCGUUUCCCAGAGGCAGAAUGGAUCUGGUGGAUGGACAUCGACAUUAUCAUCAUGAACAUGUCGCUCAACAUUUAUGACCACGUACUGUCCCCGCAAGGCAUGGACCGCAACAUCCUGCUUGAUUAUCCCAUCAACGGCGCUGGAGGCCAAGACACCGGUUAUCGAACACCGACAACCUACCGCCAUGAGGAUAUCAAAUUUGUCAUCUCGCUGGAUCAUUGGGGUAUGAAUGUGGGCAACUUUCUCAUGCGACGGGGCGAGUGGAGCGACUGGCUCCUGGACAUGUGGACCGAACCACUGUACAUCUCUCAGAACUGGGUCUUCCCUGAGAAUGAUGGAUGGACACACAUGUGGCAGCACCAUGAUAUUGUUCGAAACCAUGCGGCCUGUAUGAACCAACGUUCUAUGAAUGCUUAUCCAGACUAUAACGCCCUCGGGUUACACUGGGAAACGGGUGAUCAUGUGGUGCAUUUUGCUGGCUGCGGAGGUGAUCAUAUCUGCGAAGGUGCUUGGGCCAGAUACUGGGACCAGCGAGAAGAUGUGGAAGUUCCUGAGAUGGUGACCAACAAAUUGCGUGAUGGCGUUGCGGAGAUUGAAGCUUUCCAAGGCGGCGGCAAGUAG